CCAUCUCAGUUUACCGAAACCGGCAGGGCAGCGAACCACCGGAGCUCAACUGACAUACCAAAGCCAUCGCCCCCUCCUGAGUCCCAACUGCUCCACCUGACCUCCCUCCUCUAAUCUCUCAUCAUGUCGACGGCAGCUGCAUCCCGGCCCAGCGGCCCCGUCCUUCUGAGCCCCUUUCCCAACUACCAAUCCGCCUCGCUCUCCCGUCUCAAGCUCUCCGCCGCCGGCUCGCCGGUCAAGUCCGUCAGAGUCUCGUCUCGCCCCUCCUCCCCCACCGCUGCCCCCAAGAUCCGUCGCUCGUGCAUGUGCUCCCCGACGAACCACCCGGGCUCGUUCCGCUGCAGCCUCCACAAGGAGCGCAAGCAGGAGGCCCCGGCCGCCGGCAGCAUCAGCAGGCCCGUCUCCCCGCCUUCGCCGCCGUCCAAGGGCACGGCGAGCCCGUUCGCGCAGCUCGUCCCCAGCGGCAGCGGCUGCGCUAAACGCUCGUACAGCGGGCUGGCGCAGCGCGUCCCCAUUGGGAGCGGGCACUGGGCACGCAAGGCGCUCGUGCCGUCCCCCGCGGCGCAGCAGCUGCAGCACCGGAAGCGAGUGGUGGAGCGGUUCCACGCCGGGCCCAGCCGGCUCUCCGCCGCCUCCAUGGUCGGCCGCGGCAACCAGUAAAAAAACAACUUCGUCGACAUGCCAUAGCAGCAAAGAUACGUACAUACUGCACAAAAACUGUACAUAGGAAAGAAGUUCCCCGAAUAAUCCCGUUCGCUGUAUGCAGAAGAUCGGUGGGGAUCAGGCCGCCGGACAUGCCAUAGGAGCGAGAUACGUAUAUACUGAACAUACUGUACAUAGGAAAGAAGUUCCCCGAAUAAUCCCGUUCGCUGUAUAGAAGGAAGAUCGGUGGGGAUCAGUUGGAGUUUUAAGACCCAAUUCGAUUCCGGGCUGGUCAAUUAGCUAGCCAGUAGAUACUGUACAUACAGUGAGCCUCAUCUUCCUCACUGCUCCGCUGCACAUAGAGUGAGUUCGUCGUCUCUGCUCCACUUGUAAUAUAGAGUGAGCUCUCGUCCUCUCUGCCCGUUGUGUAUAGCCCUUGAUUUUGGUUCUGGAUAUACAUCAAUACAUCAUGAGUGAGAAAUUGGAGACACGCAUACAUGCA